UCAAUUUUGGUAGGGUGGCAUGCGUAUAUAUUCAUAUUCUUGAGCAGAGUUUCACAAGGGAAAGGAAACAUGGAGAGAAUGAAGAUUUCAACAAAUGCAGAGAUGUUGAGAGAAGCUGUAAACAACAUCGCUGUGGUAGAUGCCCAUGCCCAUAAUCUUGUGCCUCUUGAUUCUGAAUUUCCUUUUAUACAAUGCUUUACAGAAGCUCAAGGCGAGGCUACAAAGGAUGUGCCACAUACCCUUUCCUUCAAGAGAAGCAUACGUGAGAUUGCAAAGCUGUACAAUUGUGCGACAACAUUGGAGGCAGUUGAAAAGUGCCGCAGUUUUCUGGGCCUGGAGACUAUGUGCUCAAAAUGCUUUAGUGCUGCAAACAUUUCUGCAGUGUUGAUGGAUGAUGGAAUUUGCAUUGAUAAAAUGUAUAAUAUUCAUUGGCAUAAGAACCAUGUACCAAUUGUGGGAAGGAUCUUAAGGAUAGAGGCUGUCGCUGAAGAGAUUCUUAGUGGGAAUCCACCUGAUGGAAUGACAUGGACGCUAGGGGGCUUUACUAAUGUCUUUUUAUCAACACUGAAGUCCCUCUCUAAAGAUGUUGUUGGUUUUAAAAGUAUAGCUGCAUGUCGCAGUGGUCUUAAUAUUAAUCCAAUGGUAACAAGUGAGGAUGCAGCUGAUGGCCUUCACAAGGAUAUACAUGCCAGUGUGCCAAUACGAAUCGGCAGCAAAAGCUUUGUUGAUUACAUUUUCACACAUAGUUUGGAAGUGGCUGCCUCGUUUGAUCUUCCCAUGCAAAUACACACAGGUUUUGGAGACAUGGACUUGGACUUGAGGCUUGCAAAUCCUCUCCAUCUUCGGCCAAUCUUGGAAGACAAUCGUUUUAAAAAUUGUCGUAUUGUGCUUCUUCAUGCAUCUUAUCCAUAUUCAAAGGAAGCAUCCUAUUUGGCUUCUGUUUAUCCACAGGUCUUUUUGGACUUUGGCUUAGCAGUACUGAAAAUCAGUGUUCAUGGGAUGUGCUCUGCAGUUAAGGAGCUUUUAGAACUGGCCCCAUUGAACAAAGUCAUGUUCAGCACAGAUGGAUAUGCAUUUCCUGAAACUUUUUACCUUGGCACAAAAUGGGCUCGUGAAGUAAUUACAUCUGUUCUUCUUGAUGCUUGUGAUGGUGGGUAUCUUUCCAUUCAGGAAGCUAUUGAAGCUGCACAGAAAAUCUUAAGAGGCAAUGCAAUCAAUUUCUAUAAGUUGUAUGAUAAUACAACCCAAAUUAUGAAGUCUAAGGUGGUUAAUGUAGUGGUUGAUUCUCAUACUCAAUAUCUGGAAGCCAAGGAAGGGAAACCUAAAUUAAUCCGACUCCUUUGGGUUGAUACUUCAGGUCAACAAAGAUGCCGAGUUGUUCCAGAAAAACGUUUUUACCAAGUAGUGAGGGAUCAUGGAGUAGGUAUGGCAUGUGUAUGUAUGGCUAUGACAUCAAGUACAGAUAGCCCUGCUGAAGGUUCGCAUCUGACUGCUGUGGGUGAGAUCCGACUAAUGCCUGAUACAUCAACACUGUCUAGUAUGUCCUGGUCUGAUCAAGAGAAAAUGGUAUUGGUUGACAUGCAUUCAACACCCGGCCAACCUUGGGACUAUUGUCCAAGGACAACCUUGAGAAGAAUUGCAACUAAAUUGGAAGAAGAAUUUGGUUUGGUUGUAAAUGCUGGUUUUGAGAGUGAGUUUUAUCUUCUAAGGAGGGAAGAUAACAAUAAUUGGAUUGGAAUUGAUUCCACACCAUACUGCUCAACUGCAGCCUUUGAUUGUGCAGCACCUAUUCUGUUGGAAGUUCUUAAAGCUCUUCAAACCAUGCAUAUUUCUGUAGAGCAGCUGCAUGCAGAGGCAGGAAAUGGCCAAUUUGAAAUAGCAUUGAAGUAUUCUUCUUGUGUAUUGGCUGCUGAUAAUUUAGUCUUCCUACGAGAAGCUAUAAGGGCAGUAGCAAACAAAAAUUGUCUACGUGCAACCUUUGUUCCCAAGUACUUCCCGAUGGAUCUUGGCUCUGGUUGCCAUGUACAUAUAAGUUUAUGGAAGGAUGGCAAGAACAAGUUUAUGGCUGAAGAUGAGUCAGUGAUGCGGUAUGGUAUAUCCAAAAUUGGGGAAGAGUUUAUGGCUGGUGUCUUCCAUCAUCUUCCAUCAAUAAUGGCCUUUACAACUCCAUUGCCAAAUAGUUAUGACCGAUUGCAGCCAAAUACAUGGAGUGGAGCAUACCAUUGUUGGGGAAGAGAAAAUCGAGAAGCUCCAAUCCGGACAGCAUGCCCUCCUGGCAUUUCAAGUGAAGUUGUGAGCAACUUUGAGAUCAAAGCAUUUGAUGGUUGUGCUAAUCCGUAUUUGGGCCUUGCAGCAAUUAUAGCUGCUGGAAUAGAUGGCUUGCAAAAACACCUUAUUUUACCAGAACCUAUUGCAUCAAACCCAGGCGAUCUGAAGGAAGGCACUGUGCACAGAUUGCCCAAAUCAUUGGAUGAGGCUGUUAUGGCACUUAAAAAGAAUGAAGUCCUGAAGAGGCUUCUUGGUGAGAAACUUGUAGGUGUAGUGAUUGCAGUUCGCGAGGCUGAAAUUCAACAUUAUGCAAAGUAUCCAUCAUCGGUGAAUAAUUUAAUUCACAAAUAUUGAAAUUUAAAAAAUCAUGUAUUGCAUCCGAACAAUACAUAAUUAAAUAAUAAUAAUAAGAAGAAGAAGAAGAAGAUGAACAUUGAAUUACAUAUACUCCCUUUGAUUGGUUUUAUCAUUGAAAUGGUUGCAAGUAAGAAAUUAGUUUUUAUCGUAUAAUGGUAGUUUUAGUAAAAUGUUGAUAGUUAUUAUGAAAGAUGUAAUUGAAGUUUUAUUAUUAAAAUAAUAUUUGUAUGGUUGGAGU